AAGCUCCAGCUGCUGACCUCUGUAGAAAAGGGACUGAGCGAGGGGAGGAGACGCAGAAGAGGAAAGGUUCAAGUGCAGGUUUUCUCCUUGAACCUGGAAGAUUAUGGGUCAAGAGUUGUGUACAAAGAGUCUACAGCCUGGGUGCAGCUGCUACCACCCCUCGGAGGGAGGAGAGGCGCGCAGCUGGCGGAGGGGUCAGCCUUUGGCGAUGGAGCCUGCGCUGGAGCUAAAGGACCUAAAAGAAGCAUCCUGUUCCAUGACUUCAUUCCACCCCCGGGGACUUCAGGCUGUCAGGGCCGGAAAGUUAAAGAGUAAAAGGCCACGGAGUAACAGCGAUUCUUUUCAGGAAGAGAAUCUGAGGCAAGGUUUUCAGUGGCAGAGGAAGAGCCUCCCGUUUGGUGCAGCCUCGUCCUACUUGAACUUGGAGAAGCUGGGGGAAGGUUCUUACGCUACAGUUUACAAGGGCAUUAGCAGGAUAAAUGGGCAACUGGUGGCAUUAAAAGUCAUUAGCAUGAACACAGAGGAAGGAGUCCCAUUCACAGCUAUCCGGGAAGCUUCUCUCCUGAAGGGUUUGAAACAUGCCAAUAUCGUGCUCCUGCAUGACAUAGUUCACACCAAAGAGACACUGACAUUCGUUUUUGAAUACAUGCACACAGACCUGGCCCAGUAUAUGUCUCAGCACCCGGGAGGGCUGCAUCCUCACAAUGUCAGGCUUUUCAUGUUUCAACUUUUGCGGGGCCUGGCAUACAUCCACCACCAACAUGUUCUUCACAGGGACCUGAAACCUCAGAACCUGCUCAUCAGUCACCUGGGAGAGCUCAAACUGGCUGAUUUCGGUCUUGCUCGGGCCAAAUCCAUCCCCAGCCAGACAUACUCUUCAGAAGUUGUAACCCUCUGGUACCGGCCGCCUGAUGCUUUGCUGGGAGCCACUGCAUAUUCCUCUGAGCUGGACAUAUGGGGUGCAGGCUGCAUCUUUAUUGAAAUGUUCCAAGGUCAGCCUUUGUUUACUGGAGUUUCCACCGUCUUUGAACAGCUGGAGAGGAUCUGGGAGGUGUUGGGAGUCCCUACUGAGGACACCUGGCCUGGAGUCUCCAAGCUGCCUAACUACAAUCCAGAAUGGUUCCUGAUGCCUAAGCCUCACAGACUUCAGAUCAUAUGCAACAGGCUGGGUGAGGUUCCUGAAGCAGAAGACCUAGCCUCUCGGAUGCUGAAAGGCUUCCCUCGAGCCCGUGUGUCCGCCCAAGAAGCACUUGUCCAUGAGUAUUUCAGGGCCCUGCCACCUCAGCUGUUCCAGCUUCCUGAUGAAGAGUCUUUGUUUACAGUGUCAGGAGUGAGGCUAAAGCCAGAAAUGUGUGACCUUUUGGCCUCCUACCAGAAGAAUCACUGCCCAGCCCAGUUUAGAAAAUGCUGGUGAAAAGAAGGAGUGAGGUCAUCAAUAUCCUUCCAGGACCACAUUCGUGCUGUUUCAGUUUUCAUUCGCUGCAGCUUACUAUGAAGCUUCGGAUCUAACACCACAUGUACCAGAGGUUAAAUAUACUAUCACCUCUAACCUGGAAUAUUUUCAAUAUGAUGUUCAAGACACUAAUACAUAAUACUUGAAAAAAGUCAACGCAAGGCUAUUGUUGCUGCCUAGAAUUUAACAGUGACUGGCUCAAAUAUUGCAAAUAACCUGAGAAGAGGACUUGUGAACAAUUGCAUCCAUCUUGAUAGAGAGAUCUCUGCACCACGAGAUGGAUUUCCCAACAGGAGAGAUGGGAGACUGAUAAUUGAAGGACUUUGAAGACAGAGUUGGUUCUUACAGAGGCCUGUUGCUCUUGCAUUCACUUACAAUUUUCCCCAACAAAAGAACUUCUGUAGCAAGGAGAGGAUUAAUCUAAAGUUUAGAAAAUCUAAAGAAGAUGGUCAAAAGGACUUGCUUAAGACUAUUUCUUAUGAUUUCCUAGGGGGUACUUCUUCACUAAAUGGAUUUUUAGAAUACAUUACCACCCCAUCCUGUCUAGGUUUUAGGAGUUGAGAUUGAGCUGCUGGUUAGAAUUAAAUUUCAGCCUGUCUCCUUCUACUGAGUCCUAAUUGUGGGAAUAGCAAAAGGGAUAAGGAACCUAAGCUUCCAUUUGAUGAUGCAGACACUGAAUAGACAGAUAAAAGCAAAGAAUUCCAAAGAUGUAAUUCAAGCCCUGUUGCACCAUCAGACACACAUGUGUGCACACACACAACCCUCAAGAGAAAAGGGAGAACUGUCUGUGCCAUUGUCUACAAUGACUCUUUCUGAAAGAAGCCAAGGAAACUCAAAUUACUUCUGUCAAGGGAUUAUCUCAGGAAAUGUAGUAGCUUAGAGACCUCUACAUAUCCUUUAGAAGCACAAAAGGAACCAAUUAAGAGAGAAUUAAAAAAUAGUAACUAUCCACCCAGUGUCUCAGUGAGAAGAAGGAAAGACACAUACAGACAGUCCAAAGAAGUCUGCCUUCAUGAGUAUUGAUAAGGCAUGGGACAAAGACUUCCCAGAUGUCCCUGAAAGAUGAAACAGUGGGCUGAAUGCAGGUAGAUAAGUGCGCUCAGAGAACAAUGGCUAUUCAACCUGGAGAACAACUGAAAGUGCUGUGUACAGGAUUUAGAUUGAGUCCCGUUGUGAUUCAAUAUUUGUUCUGAUUUCAAAACUGCUUGAAUAAAACCAAAGAAGGUGCACAACUUAGUCAUACAACUACUUAAAAAAUUAUGAUUGUUAUUAAUUUAUCACUUGCACAUUGUGAAAGAGGAAAUAAAGGCUUGACCAAGUUAACUCCUCAGUGGUAUUGUGCUAGAGUUCAAAUGAAAAGCUCUGUGAUCUUUGCAGUAAACUAAUACACACCCACCAGAUUUGUAGGAUACACAACUCUUGAAGAGGCAACUGAUAUUUAUCUUUGGAUCAUAAUUCAAAGAAUUACGACCUGGCUAGAAACUAAUGAUCCACAAGCCAGAGAAAUAAUUAUUUUUAUCAAAUUUUAUCUGAUUUUAAAUCUUACAAGUUGAUCUUAAAAUAUCUACAACUUAAGUAAGGCUGAGACUUAGUAGAAAUUGGAAAUUUUAAGUACAACAUGAAUUAAUAGCAGAAUAUCACUGUCCCCAAAAGAUAAUGCUAACACUUCCCCUCUACAUAAAUGAAGAACUAAGAUCAUGUCUCAGAGGAGAACAGCUUACUCUUUACAUUUAAAUGAUUACAUUCAGCUCCACACAUCGUAUUUUAAAAGAAACAUCAUGUUGAAAUAAAUAUUGAUUGUAGACCUAUUAGUUUGUCGGUCUAAUCCUCCUUAAUCCUCUUAACGAGACUCCAACAUCAGUGCGGUGAGUCCCCAUUUCACAGGGAACUCUAAGAAGCCAUGUAAGAGGCUAAGAUUUGAUGCGCACACUCUGGCCCUAAAGUCUGCUCUCCCCAGCCUGUCUCUACCUCUGCAUGCUCAGAAGAUGGUUACCAGAAGAGAUGACCUGUGGGCCGAGACAUAGGGAAGAAGAGCUGCAGAAAGGGAAAACCUUGGGGUCAGACAUCCUCUUUUCAGAACACUAAGGGCUGUCACCCUCUUCUGGAUAGCCACAGAGCGAGGACAGAUUGCAAUCUCCAGGGUGCUAAUUCUGAUGCAGCAGCAACAUUCAAGAUGAAACAACAGUAGACUGACAUCCCACACAGUAGUAGACAUCCUCUGCCUCCCAAAAUAUAGAGAGCUACAGAAGGGAUUCCAGGAUCAGAGGUUAGAAGGGCUUACCUCUAACAUCCCAUCUAAUAACAAGGUUUCCUGAUAGUGACUUUUGGACAGGCUAUACUUGGAAUAAUUCUGGUAAGAUCCUAUUAUUGCAAGGAUAGAUUCUUUUUUUUUUUUUUUUUAAUGAUAUUGGGGAUCGAA